GAACUAUGUUUCUGUAGGCAACUAUGCCCAACCCAGCGCCUAUGUGAGCUCAGUUUCCUUCGCUCUUCCUGUAAACGAAGAAAGGGACUGAAAGAUCACUCUUCUGCAAGAUCCACUUCACAGUUUCUACCCUCUUCACCUCUCCUCCAAUUUUCCAUGGCAAAUGCCUGGAAAAGAAACCAACCCAGUAAAAUCUUGAACCCAAAAAACCUCCUCCUCUUCGUCUCCACCUCCCUCAUCCUCCUCACCUUCCUCUAUUUCUCCAACCAAACCCCCAAAGAUCCCAAAUUACCCCAGAACAAAAUCCUCAAAGAAUCAGUUCUUCAUAGACCCAUUAGGCCAUUUGAUUGCUAUGAUGCCCCGCAAGCCCACCCCGUGUUCGCCAACACUGUUGAGGGUCUCAAGUUCCCUUUCCUCUAUUCGCUCUCAGACUUUGGGAAUUUACCGGACAAGCCCCACAAAAACAUUGUCAGGACUCUUAAAGGGAAGCCCUUUAGAAGGCCUGAUAUAUCUGCCACGGUGCAGGAAUUGUUGGAGAAGAUGAGAAGGGAGAAUAGAAAUGGGAUUUUCGUGGAUGUUGGGGCGAAUGUGGGAAUGGCUAGCUUUGCUGCUGCUGUAAUGGGGUUCAAGGUGUUGGCCUUUGAGCCUGUUUUUGAGAAUUUGCAGCGGAUCUGUGAUGGGAUUUAUUUCAAUAGAGUUGGGGAGUUGGUGGAGCUGUUUGAGGCUGCAGCCUCUGAUCACUCCGGCAACAUCACCUUCCAUAAGUUGGUUGGUCGGCUUGACAAUAGUGCAGUCUCAGCCACUGGUGCCAAGAUGGCUUUUAAGUCCAAUGAAGAGAUUGCACUUCAAGUCAAGUCUAUUCCUCUGGAUGAUGUAAUCCAAGAGUCUGAGCCUGUGCUUCUGCUCAAAAUAGAUGUUCAGGGUUGGGAGCAUCAUGUUCUAAAGGGUGCAUCAAAAUUGUUGUCAAGGAAGAAGAAUGAAGCACCAUACCUAAUAUAUGAAGAAGAUGAGCGUCUGCUACAGGCGAGCAACAGCAGUGCCAGAGAGAUAAGAGAGUUUCUUCGCAGUAAGGGUUACCACCAAUGCACACAGGUUGGAACAGAUGCACACUGCACGAAAACAGAUUGACAACAUGAUUUUUCUAAAAACAUUUGCCACAAAAACUGACUGAAAAUCAACAAGCGGAAUCCCAUUGUUUGUAAUCUAUGAGUUGGUGAUAACCAAUCAAUCAAGCCAGACUGAGGACCUUGCGAUGCCCUUGUCCUAAUGGCUCCUGAAGUGCUAUUGAAGAUCUGGAAUAUAUUCGUAAUGGACUCUAGGUCUAAGAAACUUGCAAAAGGCACUCUUCUUUUCUUGCUUGUAAUCUGAUUCUGAUCAUAAAGGUCCCAGCCUAAGCCCCUAAAGUUUUCUUUUCUUUUCUCUUUGUUCUUGAGUUUGAUUUUCCUGAUCUGUCUCUGCUUAGCAUUGUAGGGGUCAUAAUUCUUUAUAGUGCCUUGACUUUAUCUUCAGAAUCAUCUUACUCAUCCACCAUUUGUGGAGGUACUAAAACUUUCAUGAUGUCAAUCUUUAUUUAUUAUCUUGGAACAUAUUUCAUUGUGGCUUUAU